AUGGAAAACAUUCUUCGGGAGACACUGUCCGGAGGCCGGGAGCUUCAGGACUUGUUACUGGAGUGGAACCGUUCGCUGCCGGAGGAGAAAUUUGUGGAGGGCCUAGCCAGCGACAUGCAGGCCAUCGACGUGGCGCCACCUGACGUACAGACCUUACGCCGUACAUUUACGCUGGAACGCAUUCUUUCGACCUCGGGCGUUCCUGAGAUAGCCGCCGGAGACUCCUUUACCAGCGGCGUGCCAGGAGCAAUUCUUCGAAUUCACCCACACAUGCACGAUUCACAACACCCGCAACAACAUCCUUUGCAUCACCCCAAUCAGCUCUUGCAUCAGGCGGUGGUACGGCAGCUGAGCGGCGCAGCAGCAGCGUCGGCAGCGGCAGCGGGGAGUGUCGGAAGUGAAGGCUCGGGUGAGGCGGCGGCGGCGGCGGUGGGGGCCGUGCGGUUGGGGACACAACAAGCGGGUGGUGGCAGCGGCGGCAGCGGCAGCGGCGGUGGCGGCGGCGGAGGAGGACGGCCGAUUGAGCGUUUUCAGGACCGAACCUGCACCCACCUCCACCUCGACCGCCAAACACGAGCCCAGCCGCCGGUCCAGCCGCCCCCGCCGCCGGUGCGCCUCAUUCGCACACCCAUUCGCAAGCUCAAAGUCACUCACGCGGCAGCGCCGCCGCCGCCGCCGCCACCACCGGUUCCGGACUGCUCCGCUCCUCACAUGGCUCCGGUCGGUGGACCCUUUGGCGGUGGGCCACCGGAACGAUCCUGGUCUCAGAGUUUGUUAGAUUUGGCGAAGGUGGCGGCGGCGCUUGACGGCCGUGAUCUAGACGACGACGGCGACGGUGGCGGGGGCGGAGUGGCAGGCGGUAGGGAGGAGGACCAGCAACCGCGUCAGCAUCUUCAGCGGAUGCAGACCGAGGUGGAUCGGCUCCAACGCGACAACGAGGGCCUCAACGGGCAACUGGAGGCGGUGCUGGCCCGCGUGGACGCUGUACAGCGGCGGAACACGGCCAUGAAACACAUGCUAUUGGAGGCUUGCCACGCCAAGGGCAUCCCCGCGGACAUGGACCUGCUCAACGUGUCACUACAGCACCACAGAGCAGCCCCCAUGGAGGAGGCCCAGGCCGUACACGUGGCAGCUACCGUACUGGGACUCAACGGGGGUGACGUACUCGCCACCGUACAACACCUCCUUGGAAUAGCGCUGCUCAGGCUUCCCGGGGGGAAGGGGUGUGGAGGGGGGGGAUAG